GCAACACUGGUUUGAACUGAGUUGUACAUGCCUUUAUGUAUGUGUUGGGUUUUUUUAUCCAAAAAAAUUGUUUACUUUUUGACUUUGUUGUGGUUGUGAGUGUGUUGUUUUGCUGGGAUGAAGAUAAAUUCUGAUUAUUGUUGAAUUCCUAAUUAUCCCUAUUGUCACUACUUAACGAAGCCUACUUGUACCAACUUAAGUUACUACAGGUCAUGUAAUGAAAAUGGAAUGCUCUGUAACUGGGCCUCUUGAAGAAUGUAUUUAUUCAGAAGAGAUUGACAAAUAUCAAGAUAUGGAUUGUGAGGCAACAAGUGCUGAAGUUGAUGUGAAACCAGACAUAGAAGAUGUAAAUGUAGAAUUAGGAGAAUCAAUAAAGGCUGCAGAUGAGGGAAUAGUAGUUAAACAAGAGCCUCUAGAGUUUGUUGCAACAGAAGCUAAAUUACUGGAUGGAAUAGGCGAGUCGCUUGAUGCUGGCUUAAUCCAUACAUGCGUUAUUCCUCCUUGUCGAUCGAGAUUCACUCGGAAAUGUUAUUUAGAAAUCCAUUUGAAGCGGCACAGCUCGGUGAAACAGUGCACACUUUGCUUGAAGGACUUUCAAAGCAACAUAUUAUUCCUGAAACACAUAUCUCAGCAUCUCAGAGCGAAAGCAAAAGAAUAUAAGGAAGAUCAUUUAUUUUGCUUCCACUGUUGCACCCAGCAUACCAGUAGGAAAGCAUUGAGAACUCAUUCGAAAUCGUACUGCUCAAAAAAUGAGGACCAUCUAGAGAAGAGAGAAAUUUUAAAGAAACUUGCAAAGGACCAAUACCACAAAGCUAGGAACAAGGCGAAACAACAACAAAAUGAAAUAGCAAAAGUUGUCGUGAAAUUGGAAAAAGAAGAUAAUGAAAUUGAGAAAGAUGAAUGUGAGUUUGAAGACAAUCCCGAAUAUAUAACCAUCAGUGCACUACGAGAGUUAGCUACUGAUCAAUCUAGUGAUGUAGCAAAAGAAUUAACAGCAGGGAAAAAUAUAGAUGAUAUUAACGAAAGCACGUCUGAAGAACGUGUUGCAGUCAAAGAAGAAAAAGAAGAUGUGAUAGAUAACAACACUGAAGAUAAUUAUGAGAUACAAAACGUUAACGGAGGACAAACUGUAAAUACAACAGAGAUAGAUGAAACAAUACAGAGCGAUUUGUGGAGGAAAUCAUCAGAAUACCCAGCUUGUGAAGUAUGCGGUAUGAAAUUCAGGUACAUGGCUUGCGUGCAUAUCCACAUGAUGGUCCACACUUCUUCGUUGCACUGUGUUCUGUGUAAUGAUAUGUUUAUACCGAGAUUUAAAGAAUUUUCGUCGCACGUGUAUCAGCACGUGAAAGAUAAACUAGCCGAGUAUAAACGAUUUGAGCUGCAGUGCCCAUAUUGUGGCAUCAGGUUCAAGGAAAGGAAACUGGUGAUGAUACAUAUGAGAAUUCAUACUAAUGAGAGGCCUUUCAAGUGCGAUAUUUGCGGGAAUGCUUUCAAGCAGAGGAAUUCUUUGCAAACACACCAGGUGACACAUAGUAAAGAAAAACCAUUUACUUGUCAGGAUGUAUUCAGCUGCCUUCUUCAGUAUUUGUGCUCUGCUUGCCUGCAAUGGAGUUAGAAACCGUUCUUUUCAGGUGCAAACAUUAGUAAACUAUAGAUUAACAGAGACAUCCUAUUUCUGGUUGUGCUCAGAGUGGUAGAUAAUAUAAUAAUAGUAAUGUAAUGUUUGUUGUAACACAGUACAGGUAAAUCCUAAAUAUCGUGCAUAAUAAACAUAAAGCAUCCAAAAAAGUUUGCACUUUGUACUAAAAAUAUAUACAAUCAAUGUCUGAAAAAUGUGAACACUAUAUAAUUUGGUGAAUUGAAUUAUUAUGAUAGAUUAGAAAGAUUUUCAUUAUUUGCUUGAACCACACUUACAUGUCUCACCAUUGUUAGAUUGAUGGAGUGCAAUAUUUAAAAAUAUAUUCCUGAUAAAACGACAAAUACAAUAAAAUACAGUAAC